AUGAGCUCCAAGGUUCUUAAACUUCUUGCCGCCGCCGGCCUUCUUUCGGCAUCUGUGGCGUGUUCGACUGAGUCUGAUGUGGAAAUUACCUUUUACGGGUAUCCUGACAACGAUCCUCCCAGUGCGGACAUUGCCUACGAUUGUGGUCGUGGUUACACGGCAGGAGGCACCGGCACAUAUGACGACCCUCUCACUUUUGCUACCGCUCCUGGGGAGUUUGAAAAGUGUGAGAUCAUCUAUCUGCCGUACCUUCGCAAGUAUCUCCGCUUCGAGGAUACAUGCGCGCAGUGCACUACCGAUUAUCACAACGGCAAGCUCCACAUUGAUAUUUGGACUGGGUCUACCAAGUCCAGUGGUGGCGAUACCCAGAUUGACUGCGAAGAUUCCUUGACCCCGGAUGACUCUCAAACCGUCAUCAUCAGCCCGGGAACCUCCUACACCGUCAACUCGGACGAGCUCUUUGCGAGCGGCAAAUGCUAUACAUCAAACACUUAUAGCAGUGCCGACGCUUCGAGCUACUGCAGUUCCGGUUCUUCGGGCUCGAGCUCCGGUUCUGGCUCCGGGUCCGGCUCCUCAUCUUCCUGCUCCUGGUCAGGCCAUUGUGCCGGUAGGUCCCCUCUUGGAACCCGUGCUUUGUGUUACACUGACCCAUGGCAUUCAGGUGCUUCCUGCUCAACCGAGAACGACUGCUCCGACAACCUCACCUGCCGGAGUGGCAAGUGCGCCUGA